AUUUGUACGUGAAAAGAUCAAAAUUAUCGCCGAGGUUGACGAAGUCGCAAAAGGAGCAAAUAUUUUUGCUAUUGCGAAACCAUUGCACAUGUUUAAUGUCUCAUUAUAAGAGCAUAUAAAAAAACAUAUACAAUUUACGAAAGCGUAAUUUAAAACUGUUGUGUGCGGAUCGUAAAACAAGAUCGUUGCAUUGGGCAGUCGGAUUAUAAUUCAGUUCUCAGUACAAUUCAAUUAAAAUAUCUGCAUAAUACAUACAUCAUCAGCUUCUUGGCGUGGCAGACAUACUCGUUCUGCCUUUGAUUGACUGGCAGACAGUCUGAUUGGCAAGCAGACGGUCCAACAAAUUUAUUACAAAAUUGGGCAGUGAUCAAUACGAUUUGCCAGCCAAACCGACGUUCAUAUAACCACAGACGAGACAAUUUAGAUAUAAAAAACCUAAAACGUAAAAACAUUCAAGAUGACUUCACUGGACGUGCGUAACAAUUCGGCGGUAAUGAAACGAGCCGAACAACUAAAACGCUGGGAGGAAUCGGACACAAAUCGCCAACCUCCAACGCCACGUCCCGAGCGCGGACGUAAAAUUAAAUUCUCCUCUGGCUGUGUCUUUUUAGCCGCAUGUAUGUCUGGUGAUAAGGAGGAAGUGCUAAAGUUGCUUGAAAAUGGUGCCGAUAUUAAUACAGCUAACGUUGAUGGAUUAACUGCCUUACAUCAGGAGGCAAAUGCUGCGGCUAGCGGCAAUGCAACAACAACAACAACGAUCUUGGCAACGGCAAUAACAACGAAAAAAUAUCGCGAAAAAUAA